AUGAAGCUUCUCGUGACCGGUGCAAGCGGUUAUGUUGGCACGGAGAUUAUACGCCAAAGCCUUCAACUACCUCAGGUCACCAGUGUUGUUGCUGUUGCUCGCAAGCCUGUGUCCGUUCCGAGUGGGGCUGACCCAGCCCGACUCAAGAGUAUCGUUGUGAAGGACUAUGGAGAUUAUCCAGCGAGUGUAAGAGAUGAGUUUAAGGAUGCAGCGGCAUGUAUCUGGACUGUUGAAACUACGGUCAAAUCUUCCGUUAAGAAGUCAUUCCGCUUUGUCUAUAUGAGUGGCGCCGAUGCAGGGAGAGAUCAGACUAAGACCCCGCCACUUCUACCUGAAUACUUCCUGAUGCGAGGUGAGGUUGAGAACCUAGUCUUUGGAUUUGAAGAAAAGCACCCAGAUCUAGUUGAAGCAGGUGUCGCGAGACCUGGCUUGAUCAUUAAUGACUCUACCGACGUGAAAGAAGUUAUGGCUCGUCUAGGUAAGGAGGUCACAACCAUCAAGCUGGAAUCAGUUGCAGCAGCUCUCCUUCAGCAAGCUCUUCAUGGGACUGAGAAGAAAACUCUUUGGUCCGAUGAUUUGAAGCGCCUUGCAGGAUCUCAGUAG